UUUCUGAAACUAUAAUAAUUACCAAACCAGAAGAAGAAAACAUGUAACCUUGCAUUUAGUUUGAAGUACGGUAAUAAUUGAAUUUUUUGUAAAGCCUGAUGGUUUGGUUUUCUGUGUGUUAUCAUUAGUCUGCUUGAUUGUUGCAUUGUAACCAGGCCUCUGAAAUUUUAAAGCAGCAUUUAUAUACAAUGAAGGAUCUUGUUGAUUUUUUUAAAUCUUCUAAUUAUGACUCGGGAACAGCUACUCAGAUGAUUCAGUGCAUCUGUGAUGGAAGAAGUUCCAUAUUGGAUGCAGUGGAAUGCCUUGGAGAACUUCUCACCUCAGAAAAUUCAGGAGAGCGAGCAGCUGGCACUCGCCUCCUUGCAGAAGUGUUGCAUGGUCUACCAAAGAAUUGUCUCAACGAAGCACAAAUAAAAUUUAUAAGUGCCUUCUUCCUUGAGAGAAUGAAGGACCAUCAUACUGUCAUUCCUGCUGUGCUUCAUGCUCUUCCAUGUCUGCUAGAACUGGAGCAAAUCAGCAACAGUGAUGUGGAGAAGCUUGUGCGUGGACUUCUUCUAGAGGUUCACUGCCAAAGUCAACUGAUGCUUGAUCGGCGCAAUUAUUACUCAGUUAUUAGAAUUGCCAUCACUAAACAUAAAGCUGUUAUUGAUGAGAUGUUCAACGAGUUUGUUUUGGGCUUCAUCUCUGCGGCUGAUGGAGAAAAAGAUCCUCGCAAUUUACUGCUUCUCUUCUCACUUGUUCCGGUGAUUGCAAAUGCCGGUACCCUUGGCAAAAUGUCUGAGGAUCUUUUUGAAGUUGUGGCUGCUUAUUUCCCAAUUGACUUUGUUCCUCCUGUUUAUGACCCACUCGGAGUUACAGAAGAAGAUUUGAGUGACGGGUUACGCCAGUGCCUCUCCUGCCACGUUGGCUGGGCGGAGUAUUUCUUGCCUCUACUUUGUGAAAAAAUGGAGUCUGAUUUGCCACAGGCAAAGAAAGAGGCUUACAGAACUCUUAUCUUGUGCUGCGCGCGGGGCUACACGAGUGAAGCGCUGAGCCCUCACCUGACGGUGCUGUGGCACUGCAUCAGGCGGGACGUCGUGGACGGCAGCGAUGCUCAGGUGUCUGCUGUAGCCAUAGAGGCCCUCAGCGCUGUCCUCGCUGCCGCUCACAUCAAAGUGGUAGACGUGAACACUGUCACCACCAUCGUUGACGCCAUCAUUGAUGAAUGUGUAGUCCAUCUUCCAGCCCCCGAGAGCAGACUGUUCCUCCCUGCCAGCGACCUCCUGACUGCUGUGAUUGCUGCACAGGAGUGCGCUGCCCUGCGAGUUUAUCCUAAGGCCGUGGCUCACCUCACAGAAGUAACCAAGACGCCCGACAGCUCGAGUCGUGCAUGGAUCAACGUCUUGAACGCGCUCGCUAAAAUGGCUUCUGCCAGCCGUCAACGCGAUCAUUGUUAUGAUGUUGUUCCUACGGAGGUUGAAGCACACUGCAAUGCCUGCUUGGGUGCAGUGACAGCAGCACUACAGCACCGCAGUGCUGCUGUGGUGGCUGAAGGCAUCACAGCAGCACGCGCCUUAUUCUACUGCCGCAGUGCUGCCUCUCCCUGGUGGGGUCCACUGCGUCAGGAGAUACUCAACGUCCUGCUGUCAAGUGGCGGGAGCGAUACUCGUGUUAGAAGCAACGCCCUGAGCGCCCUGGCAGAGCCUAGCGACGGCUCCUGUGAAUUGCUGACGCAGGAAUUGUUACCGCACCUCAACGUAGCGGACGGAGGGACGGUAGCGGACGGAGGGACGGUAGCGGACGGAGGGACGGUAGCUGACGGAGGGACGGUAGCGGACGUAGGGGCGGUGGCCGACGCUGUGCUGGAUGCUAUGGUGGUUCUUACCGACGCUGCCUCUUGUCAGCGCUGCGUGGAGGCUCUCUGGAAGGCUAUUGAGGCUCGUCCCACCCCUGCCUUGUGUAAAUCUCUGGCAAGAAUCAUAGAUAAAACUGGUGACGACGCUGGUGCCCAGGAGUUUUUGUUCUCAUCUUGGCGAGGUCUGGAGAAAGUCGUGGCUCUUGGUGUGAUGGCAGCUAUGCCGUCCACUGCCCUCAAUAAAAACCACACUUCGAAUUUGCCUGAUUUGUUACAGCAAUUAUCUGGGGAAGAGAAGCUGGAUUUGUUGUCUGCCAUUGCUGAGUUGUGUCGGUCACUGUCAGCGAUCCGCCCUGCGCUGCGCACUCCGCUGAGCUUGCCGCUGAGCUGCUCUCUGGCAGCGCUCCAACCAGCGGCUGGUGGCACAAUGUGGCAGAGAACUUCAAUAUGGCAGCCGUGUGGCCUCUUGAUACAGAGACUACAGCUGAGAAUGCUGCUCUCUUGGUGGGUUGGAAGUAUUAACACUGAAAUUAGAGCAGAGUAUACUGCAGUGUGGUCUCUUGAUACAGAGACUGCAGCUGAGAAUACUGCUCUCUUGGUGGUGGUGGUGGAGGGGCUGGUGUGCUGGUGUCAGGACGCAGGGCCGCUGGGUCGCCCUGAGCUGCUGCUGCCGCUGCUGCGCUGGGCCACCGCGCCCACUGCUCCUGAGGCGUGUCGCCAGGCCGCCGUGCUCGCUAUGGCUGCUCUUGUUAACAAACUGCCUACAGGUGCUGACUUCUUACGUCUUCUUAAGUGGCUGGAACACGAGCUGAAGAAGAUCAUGGAGGGCGGCCACGCCCCCCACAAGAAGCUGGCCGUGACGCUGAUGGGGUGGGUGCUGAAGGCCCUUGAGAUGAGGGCGGCUCCUGAAACUCUCAAGUGGAGAAAUGAGCUGCAGUCGCUACUGUCUAACGAGGAGCUCGGCGUAACCGCCGCUCAGUGCUACUCCGUCCUGCUGUCUGACCACGCAUACGCCUUCUGCGCGUCAUCCUCGUCCAACGUCAGGUUACUGUACAAGCAGCGCACGUUUGAAGGCCUGGUGACGAGUUUGGUGUCGGAGUUCGACGUCUCGUCAGGCAAGACGCGCCGCUGCUGCUUGCUGGCCAUAGCCUCGCUGCUGCCUCACGUGCCCCAGCCGCUGCUGCAGCACCACAUCGACAAGCUGCUGGUGGUGCUGGUGGAAGGUGUGCGCAGUACGGCCGAGUCUGCCGUGGUGUCGGGCAGCGUAUCCACGCUACGGCUGCUGCUGCAGGCCCAGCCUUUGCCCUCACAGAACGCGUCCCACGCUGGGUCGCUCGUCUUAGCUCUUCUCGCCCUAACCAAUUCACCGCAUGCAACUAAGAAUAAAGGUGCUAAAUGCUUCCUCAGGAACAAAGUUCAAAAUCAUCAAACGUUUAGUACGAAAAGUGAAAAUUCAGAGAUAACUUCCUCAGUCGAUGUGGCUAUCGAUGAUGUAGAAACCUUUAAGACUUUAGUACAGCUUAGCGAAUCUUCAGAUGAAGCUGCUGCUGGCUUUUCCCUCACGGAUGUGCUUGAUCAAAAAUGUUCUGUGGAAGAUAAAGGAACGUCUUCAGGACCCCUGCUUCAGCCCUUGCUGGUGAGGGAGGCGAGUCUUGCUUGUCUAGAGCUGCUGACUCAACUGCCUCUCGCUGAUGUACUUCCCUAUCGAGCUCAGGUUGUACGGGAGCUGAAGUGCGCUGUGGCGGACCACAAGCGCGUCGUGAGGCGGGCCGCCGCCGCUGCGAGGACUGCGUGGCUGCAGCUCGGCACGGGGCCUUCCUGAGCAACCUAAUGCUUAGCUUAUUAGUUAUGUCGGUCUGUUAAAAGCAAAUAUUGCUAAGCAACUUCAUGUAGCAUAUUAGUUGUGUUGGUCUGUCAGAAGCAAAUAUUGUUUAGCAACUUUAUGCUAAGCAACUUAAUGUAGCAUAUUAGUUAUGUCGGUCUGUCAAAAGCAA